CUUAUCUUUCUCGUGGUGCGAUCAUUGUCAGCAGCUUCUUAGCACAGGUCUUCGGUAUUUGAGUCUUCUUUGGAGCUUUUAGACAAUUCAGAUCAGAACCCAGAUAGGAAAAGGAGGAGAAGAAGCUAUGGAAGGAGACAGAAGAGUUGGGGUGGCUGUGGAUUUCUCUGAGUGUAGCCGAGAAGCCCUGAAAUGGACCGUGGAUAACGUUGUCCGCGAUGGGGAUCACCUUAUUCUGAUUAGUGUUCGUCCUGAGGGUGAUUAUGAGGACGGCGAGAUGCAGCUCUGGGCGACCACUGGUUCACCCUUGAUCCCUCUGAGUGAGUUCUGUGAUGCUCACACCAUGAAAAAGUACGGAGUGCAUCCUGACCCUGCAACCCUUGACAUUGUUAGCACCAUUGCUAAGCAGAAAGAGGUUGUGGUGCUAAUGAAGAUCUAUUGGGGUGAUGCCCGUGAGAAGAUUUGUGAAGCUAUUGAUAAUAUCCCUUUGAGCUGCCUUGUUAUUGGUAACAGAGGCCUUGGCAAACUCAAAAGGGUUAUCCUUGGGAGUGUCAGUAACUAUGUGGUGAACAAUGGCUCAUGCCCAGUUACUGUGGUCAAGCAUGAACACCAUUAGCUCAUUAUGCUGACUUAUAAAGCAUGGUGCUGGCGAUCCCUUUGAAUUAAAUUCCUUCAUCAUUUUAGUGUGGACUUAAUUUAAAUUCUCAGCAGUUGUUUUAAAGCUGUUUUAGAAUUUUGUGUGAUACUUUUGAAGAAGUAUUUGUAAAUGAGAGUCUGUUGAUGCUCGUUGUUUCUAUGUUAUGUUGUGGAUUGGAGGUACUUGAAGAAUAAAUCAUAUUGGGUUUUCAGGAACUUUA